AGCCUUCUAAAAAUAAAUGGUACAUAAUCUGUAUGUGUAUUCUUUUCAUUUAGGAUUUUCCUAGAUAAAAUGUAGUGCAAUGAUUUACAGGCCGAAUUUUUUUUUAUUUUUACUUAUAAGCCCCAAUAUUUACUACGUUUUGGUGCAAUGUACCUUGCAGGGAGAAGAGGUUGGAAAAUGGGCCAAUACUAUUGGAGAUGAACUGUGGAGGUUGGGAAAAGAAGUGACCAAAAUCACCGAAAUAGAACAGAAAUAUGAGUUCUUAAAUGCAGAAGUAGGAGCAAAGGAUCCAACUAGUUUACUUAAGGAAGUCAAGGAAAAUAUUCUAAGGAUGAUGGAUCGGAAAAUGGAUGCCAUAAGGUGUAUACAACAAGAAGCCGAAUACCAAGCAGAAACAUUCAAAUAUGACCCAAACGUCACUUAUGCGUAUUACAGUUCAAGGUGGUCACAGGUAAAUGGAUCAGAAGAAGUGGAAUUGCCCAAGUCUCUUCAAAAUAAUUCAGAUCAGUAUCUGCUGCUAACAUUAAACAAUGACACUCACUUUUAUAACUUACCCGUCAACACUAACCACAGUUCUGUUUAUGUAACCACUAAUGUAUAUGACAAAGAACAAAAUGUGAUAGAAGCAAUUCAAUGGUCUGAAGCUUUAGAUAAAAUAUUUAGGCAGAACUAUAAGUCAGAUCCCGCUCUUUCAUGGCAGUAUUUUGGCAGUUCUUCAGGAAUCAUGAGACAUUAUCCAGCAAUGCAUUGGGUUGAAAAAGACAGAAGAGAUGUGAAAAAGGACGUAUUUGACUGCAGAAUUCGUACUUGGUUUAUUGAAGCAGCCACUUGUACUAAAGACGUAAUUAUUCUUAUUGAUAAUUCCGGGUCCAUGGAUGGUAUGGGAAAACAUAUUGGUAAGCUCAUAGCUUACAGUAUAUUAGAUACGUUUUCAAAUAACGACUAUGUAAAUGUUCUAAAUUAUUCCGAUUCUAAGUCAAGCUACACGGUACCAUGCUUUGCAAAUCAACUGAUCCAGGCAACAAAAGAAAAUAUAAGAGUAUUCAAAGAAGUUAUUGAAAAGCUGGUUCCCAGUGGAAAAACGACACUUGAACCAGCACUUAUUGAGGCAUUUGAACUUCUGAAUAAGUACCGGGAUAUCCGUGGCUGCAAUUCCGAAAACAACACAAACAAUGAAAUCAGCCAAUUAUGCAAUCAAGCAAUUAUGAUUUUAACUGACGGAGUUAAUGGAAACUACACCGACUUGAUUAAGAAAUAUAAUCAUCUUUACGAUGGUAACAUAAUACCUGUUAGAAUAUUCACCUAUCUAAUAGGCCAAGAGCUUGAGAAUGUUGAAGAAAUUAAGUGGAUGUCUUGUGCCAAUAAGGGUUACUAUACACAAGUAGCAACUCUAGAGCAAGUUACAGCUUCAGUCUUACAAUACAUAUACGUAAUAGCCCGGCCCUUGGUGCUCCAAGCAGAAGACCAUCCAGUAUCCUGGACACAUGCGUAUGCUGAUAUUACUUAUGACGAUAAGACUGAUACAACAAUUAAUGAACCUUAUAGACUUCUCACGUCAGCAGCAAUUCCUUGUUACGACACUAAAAUUAAUAAGCAAAAUGAUUCUGUUACAGCAGAGUUGCUUGGAAUAGCUGGAACGGAUGUUCCUAUUGAUGAAUUUAGAAAACUUACUCGGCCUUACAAGAUUGGUGUAAAUGCGUAUGCAUUUAUAGUGAGUAAUAAUGGAUAUGUUCUGAUGCAUCCGGCUCUGCGACCUGUUUAUCGAGGAUUAGAAAAAGAAAACUAUAACAGCAUCGAUUUAACUGAAGUAGAACAACAUUAUGAUGAUACACAGCCACGUGAAAUAAGCGAAACCGUCAAACAGCUACGAGCAGGUUUAGUUAAUGCUGUGGAAGGUAGCUUACAUAAUGUCAUCUUGAAAUAUCAUUAUGAUGAUAAUAGAAGGGUUUCGGAAGAAACAUAUGAUUAUUAUUACACAGCGCUAACAAACACACCUUUUUCAUUGGCUCUCGCUAUUCCAAACUUAUAUGGCAACUAUUCGCUAGAUGUAGGAGAUCAGAUUCAAAAGAACAGACAUACAGGUGAAAAUUUAACUUCGUUCUUCAAAGGGAAAUGGAGAGUACAUCCCAAAUGGGUUUACUGCAGAUAUCAUUACUUGGAAGGGCACGAAUUUAAAACCCCGGAAGAUGAAAUUAUUCAUUUUCUUGGGAAAAUGUACAGUGGUGACUUUAAAUGGGAAUUACAGUACGAACCGUUGGAAUCGGAAGAUAUAGACAAAAUUGAAUGUGGAAGGAAGACACUUGAAGACGAUGACUAUUAUUGUGACAAAGAAUUGGUCCAAAGGCUUAUUUUUGACGCUAGAAACACUUAUGAACCUUUCAAAGAGAAGUGGACGUUCCAAUCAGAUAGAGAACGGCAGUCGUUUGAUAAGUAUAAUGUAUCACUAAGGUUUGUUGCUACAAUGAGUGGUCUUACCAGGUGGGACUAUAUCCACGAAGAAUAUGAAAAAAAUAUUAAAAAAUCUAAAGAAUUUGGAGAUUUAAACCCCAGAGCAAUAGACGAGAAAUGGUACAAAAGUGCCGUUUUGCAACAUCAAUAUGACACAGACUCCUUCGUUUAUUCAGUGCCAUUCAAUUAUGAGUUAUCCAACCUGACUGAGGCAUUAGUUACUGGGAGUUAUGCUAUCUUUGUUAAAAAUGCUGGUAUUAAAGCACCGGGAUCCGUUGUGGGAUUUCAGUUUAACCAAACGAAAUUCAAACAGAGUGUAAAGGAAGUUUCAAAGAAAUUAUCGAAUCAGUGCUCCAAUUGUGAUAGUUGUGCAACAAAUUUAAUCUGCUAUAUUAUAGAUAGUUCUGGAUAUAUAAUUGUUGAUAUUGAAAAUGACAAUAUUGGGAGAUUUAUAGGGGAAUUAGAAGGAGAUUUAAUGGAAACGAUGUUGGCUGAAAAGAUCUUUAUUAUGAAAACUUUUUAUGAUUACCAAGCACUUUGUGAGCGUAGUAAUGACACUGACAGUUCUGGUAGUAUAUUGCAAGGGCCUGUGUUCUUUAUAAGAUCAACGAUCAAAUGGAUUUUAAUGAAGAUCUUAUACACAUUAACAGAAGUAAGUUUAUAUCAAAUUUUUGAACCAGUGGUAACUAUGGCUCAAGACAUUAUUGGGAAUGGGAAUUUUUCUGCUGUAAAUAGCACUGAAAAACUAAUAAAAAAAGAGAACAAUACAGCAGACUUGUUUUAUGCUUGCGAAAAUAAAAUCGACCUAUUUAUCUUGCAACAGUCUCUUUUUAUUAGAGACAAUUUUCAUGGAGAAUUAUCUACAUCUGAAAAGAGAAAAUUUUAUAUGAAAAGAAUCCCAAAUAGUAACUUGAUGUUUCUAGCUGCAGAAAAAUUCAAACCAUUCAAAAAGCCCCGUUACACCACGGAUCCUGUAAGAAUCUCGAAAAUACCCAGAUACACUUAUGAAGAAAUGAACACUACUCUAUUACCUUGUCAAAAACUUUAUUUAAACUCUCUGGAACGAAGAAGACUUAGUGGAUGUUAUAAUGACCAUCCCCUGGAACGUGAAAUCAAGGCCUGUGGAAAAACAGAAUCAAUCAAAUUAAGUUUUGUUUUAUUUUUUAUAUCCAGUAUUAUUUCAAUAUAUAAUUUUUAAAUAAGCUUAAUCGCUUAUUAAGCUCAUCGUUAAUAUUAAAUAAAACAACAAAUUAUUA